UUUGGCUCAUUUAAUGUAAAGAAAAGAACUUUUAAUAUGCUCUCAGAUCAAAUUACUCCUAAAGAUGAAAUAAUUUGGUCAAAAAGUGAAAUAAGUGAAUCAGAUGUAAACUGGAAUACUACUGAAAUAUCAUUUUCUACUUCAUCUUCUGAAAAUAAUUUUCAAAUUGUAUUUGAAAUGAUCAAAGGAAAAGGACCUCAAGAAUUUGUUGCCUUUGAUGAUGUAGUCUUGAAAAAUAAAUCAUGUACAAUUUCAUCAACACUUUGGCCAACUACAAGUCUUCCAGAAAAACAAGGGAAAAAUGACUUUUUCUGCGAUUUUGAAGAUGGUACCACAUGUAAAUGGAAGAGUCAAAAAGUUACAGAUAGUUUAAUAGGAUGGUGGACUGUAAAAAAGUCAAAUACUUAUCUACCAAAAUUUGAUCAUACGAAAGGAAAUUUUAAAGGUCGCUUUACCUAUGCAGAAGCUAAAACAUCUGGAGGAUCAGCUAGGCUUCUUAGCCCUGAAACACCUUCAAAAUGGUUAACUGCAUGCUUUACCUUUUGGUUUUAUAUGAACACUGACAACCGUGGAAACUUAUCAUUUAGAGCUCAGUAUAGAAAAGACGUAUCCAAGGAUUUCACUGUUUUAUGGCGAAGUACCGAUGAAUAUGGAGAAAGUUGGCAAUAUGCACAAGUAUCAGUUUUACGAAUGGUUAAAAAAUAUAAGGUUGAUUUUAUUGCUAAUUUAAUGGUUGGAGUUAUUGCUUUAGAUGAUCUAAAUGCUAUAAAUGGCAGUUGUCCAACUCAAAGAAAAUUCAUGUAUUUAUCGCUUAAUAAUUUGACAAAAGAUAUGUGGAAUAAAAGAUCUCGCUUAAUUUCACCUCAACAUCCACCAACUGAAGGCAGUUGUGUUAAAUUUUGGUAUCAUUUAUACAAAGUCAGGAAAGAAAGAUUGAAUGCUUACAUAUAUACUUCAUCUGGUUAUGGGGAUCCAGUUUGGAGCGUUUCAUCAGAUGAAGGAGGUUUAUGGCAUGGAGCACAAUUUUCUGUAACACCACGCACAACAAAUUGGCAGCCAAGACGUAAAGAUGAUAGUUUAAAUGUUAUUUAUAAUUUAGGAUAUCCUAAUUAUGAUAUUGAUUAUCGCGAAAUGAGAAUUAAAAAUAAUGGCAUUGAAGAAAAUCUUGAUAGCAAAAUAUCAAAAUUUUAUAGUACAUCGGUGGAAACAUGUUCUUGUUCAUUUUGGAAUUCUUUUAGUGCACCAUGUUGUCAUAUUCUUAUGAUAAGAAAAUAUAAUAAUUUGGACAUAUUUUCAAAAACUUGCUUUCGUGUAAGAUAUAUUAUUUCAAUUGAAAAUGCACUAAAUGUAGACAUCGAUGAUCAUAUUGAAGAUGAAACUUUUACUGAUGAUUUUGAUUGA